AUGAAUUGUUUCCAAUGGGUGCAGAUGAGACGAGUCAAGAAUAGGUUGGAAGAGAAUAAAAUAAAACUUGAGUACACACAAGAAGCAGUGGACCACCUUGCUCAGCUAGGGUUUGACCCCAACAAUGGGGCAAGACCGGUGAAGCGAGUGAUUGAGAAGAUUGUGAAGAAGGAGAUCGCCAACAAAGUUCUGAAAGGAGAAUUUGCUGCGGAUGACACUAUUCUUCUCGAUGUUGACCAGACAAGCAAUGAACUGGUCAUCAAGAAGCUCGAGAGUGAUGCUCCUGUUGAAGAAAUGGCUGCUUGAUCUUACAAACAAAGUUAAGAAGAUUUGAUUACAUGAGCAGAUCAAGCGAACGUGACAACAUGUGGCAUACCAUUUUAGAUAACAAACUUUUCAACCGAAUGUGCAUGGGGCAUUUCCUCAAUUUUCAAUAAAACUAAUGAAAAUAUAUUUGCUCCACCCAA